AUGCCCAACUGGAGGGAGGAGACGAGGCUGAGAAUCAGCCAGGAAGCUGAGGGAGUUCGUCGCAGCCCACCUCCAUGCUUCCGAAGGUUGGAUGCCUUUGGCAACCCAGACCACCCAUCUAUUUUCAAGCGUCGCCACAAGACGAGCGAUGCCGCCGCCGCCACAUCGCUGUCGUCGCUGCUCCAGCUUCCUAGCCCAUCAAACCCGUCUGCUCCUCCACCGUCGGAACUCGGCAGCGGCAGUGGCGCUGCCAACCGCGCUCCAGUACAAGCUGGAUGCUCCGCCGCCGGCAGGCGGCUCCAGCUCCAGCUCCAGGCAAGCACGGACGACGACGACGUGGGGACAGGCCGUGACAUUGUCCUUGUCGCCGCCGUGGGUCCGUACCAGCGCCACCAGCGCCGUAGCCCGCCGCUCAUAACCCGCGCCAACAAGUGCGGCAUCGUCAUGUUCCUCGCCGACCGGUUCGGUCUUGAUGCUGCUGAUUUCCUUGGGUGGGCGCGGAGCAUGGACGCUCAAGCUCGCUGCUGCUAUGAGCGGGACUCGUUCGUCUUGAGCCCCGAGGAGAUGGCCGAGAUGCUGCUGCUCGACGGCUGCCUCGUGCUCUUCGCCGUGUUCCUUCUCAGUAGGAACGUGUGCGAGGGCAAGCGGGCAGCGGAGCUGGCCCGAGACGAAAAGCACGGCAAAGACUUCAUCUACCUGUCGGCCGACAUAUCCCUGCACACCAAACAGACAAGGCUGGACCUGCUGAUGCUGGAGAACCAGAUCCCCUUCUUUGUGCUCGCCGAGCUGCAUCGGCGAUUGAAGGGAACCUUGUUUGACAAGACCAACCACAGCAUCCAAGAACUCGCCCUCUCUUGCUUCGACGACAUCCACCCUGGCGGUGCACAUCUAGCAGCAUCGGCGGCGGCGAACGACGACGAGUUCCCAUUCCCAUUCCCUCCAAAGGUCCAUCACCUCCUGCACCUUUUCCACUGGUCCCGCGUGCCCAGAGGCAAGCACACGGUUGGGGUCUCCUCCAUCGUGCCCAAGGAACCAGAGCCUCAUCUCCCAUGCGCGACGGAGCUCGAGGAGUCACUCGCUCGUCUCAAGAAGAAGGCGACGGAAACGACGACAGGGCGGCGGCGGCGCUGCUCCCUGGACAUGUCCUUCCAGAGGGACACGAUGGGUAUGCGCGCCGUGAUGGCCAUACCCGCGCUGUGCGUGCACAACUACAGCGACUGUGUUUUCCGGAGUCUCAUCGCGUUCGAGCAGAACCAUCUCCGAUGCGGUCUGGGUGCCACCGCCUACUCCAUUUGCAUGGCCCGGCUGCUGCAGAGCGAGGCGGACGUCAAGCUGCUGAGGAAGAGGGGGAUUCUCGUGCACACGCAGAAGUCGGACAAGGAGAUCGUCGAUUUCUUCAGGGGCCUCAGGGACGAGUACGCCGACACCUGCUUGCCUGAUGAUCUGCUUCGUCUCUGCAAGCAAGUCGCGGCGCAUCAACAGAGCAGACCCGCAAGGGUGGUCAGAAGGGUUGGGCGGCAGUGCUUUCCAAGGCAAACGGUCACUUUCUUUGUCAUUGUCGGCACUAUUAUCUCCAUUGCCACGCUAGUCAAUACCAUACACUCAAUGUACAGGUAUUAUCACCCUUUCAAAGGAGUAAAUCCAUCUUAG